AUGAUUGGUACAGAAAAUAAUGUGUUUUUUCAAAAUGGUAAGAAUUUAAGUAAACCACACAGUCUAAUAGUAAGGGAUGAUACAAACACGGCUCUUAAAGGAUUAACAUACGAAAAGAAAAUAAAAAAACUAAAUUUUGGAGAACAAAAAGAGUAUUUCGAUUCAAUAAGAGGAAAUGAUCCUAAAGAGAUUUUAAGACCUGUUUUAUUGUGUAUGACGAUAGUCUACUGGGCACUGUUUGCAACUCUAUUUUAUGGAUAUCAUGAGAGCAAAAUAUUAUUUUUUAUAGAAAAAGGAUACCUUAAAACAGACACUAUUUACGAAAUGACAUCCCAUUUAUUAAUUUCAACUGGUGUUUAUGGUGUUAUAGUUUACGGUAUCAUUUAUUUGAUUGUUAAAUAA